UUUUGGUCUUUUGGUUUUCAGAUUCUCUUGCAGUUCCUCUUGCAGUUCCACUCCAACCUACGAAAACGAUAGCAGCAGACAUGUCGAACAGGCACACCAUUAUCUUGAUGCAAACUUCACAGAGCAGAGCAACGAGAACAUUUAUGGAUUAUGAUUCCAUAAGUCAAGCUAUGGAUGGGAUAUGUGGACUAUAUGAAAGGAAACUUAAGGAUCUAAAUCCAGCUACAGGGAACAUCACUUAUGACAUUGCUGAUCUUUACAAUUUUAUUGAUGGUCUUGCUGAUA